CCGCGAGACGCACGCCUCGUUGAGCUGCUUCUCACCUCACAGGGCGUCACGGCUUACGAACAACGAGUGCCUCUUCUGCUCCUGGACUUCGCAUACAGACAUACCUCCUCUGUCCUUAGCGACGCACUGCACCUCUCGGGGGACCCCUACAUCUCGCAAGCUGGAUCCAAGCCAUCGGCUUCCGGCGCAGGCGCCACCGCCCCGCCGUCGGGCGAUGCCAGCGUCAGCGCAAAUGCCGUCAAGGUCGCCAUCGCCGCGCGUCUAGGCUACCAGUUCCGCGGAGGAAGCAGCGGCGGCGGCAUCAGCAAGGAGUACAUGCAGGAGCUCGCCCGCGAGCGCAACAAGGUCGCCCUGCCAAAGAUUGUGCCCAACGAAUGGGGCGUGCGGCUGCCGAGCGAGAGGUUCGUGCUUAGUGGCACGAGCUGGGGGCUCAAGGAC